AUGGAGUAUGCAAAUCUCCAUACGCAGCAUCAUCAUCAUCAGCUGCAAGAGCAGGUUAAUAUUGGGGCUCCGUCAGCUUCUUUACCAAUUAUAGCUCCGAGCACACUAGUUACUACAACCACUAGUAAUUGUAAUUGGAAUCCAAGCCUCAUUUUGAAUAAUGGCAUAGAUGUGUAUCCAACUGAAGCCAAUAUCCCCAACUCAAAGCUAUGGCAGUAUAACUCUCCAAUUACCACAAGCACAUUCACCUCCCACGAAUUCAACUAUGGUGAUCAUCAUGCAAGAGCCUUCAGUGCUCAGAGAUCAUCCACCGCCAGUACCGAAGAAUCGCCCCUUUCGAACAUUAAGGAAGAGCCAAAUUCGGAUUCUUUCUCGAAAUUGAAGAUAGCUAAGGCCAUAUACAACAACAGUACUUUCAUGGAGCUCAUGAGUACUAACUCAUCAUAUAAUUCAGCUCCGAAUGAGUUGUACUCUAGUAUUGCUCAAAACAGUAGUAUUAAUAGAAAUGCAAGUUUUGGACAUGUUUUUCCUUGUACUAAUACUAAUAGUACUAGUAGUACGGCAGCUAGAUCAACAACAACAGGUUCAUUGUUUCCAAUAUCAUUGGUGUUGUCUUCUGGGGGCUUCAUGAACAAAAAUUCACAGGCUUCGGAUCUUUUGUCGCAUACCGCUUAUAGUCGCGAUCGCAGUCAGUGUUAUAGUCCCUCUUCACAACAUUCUAAUAACAGCAAUAUUGGCUGCGGUCUAUAUAGAGAUCAGCCUUUGUCUGUGCAGGGGCAUGGUCAUCAUGAUCCUGACAAUAUGCAAGAAUCAAGAUCAAGCCCAUCAAACAGCUCCAACAAUAAUAUGACGUCAGCUUUCUUCAACGAAGUUACAAGAACGAAAAGACAAAGUAGUUUUUCAGAGCCGAAGGAAUCUCAUGCAGAAGCUAAUAAGAAGUCCAAAUCUAUAUUACGAUCCUCAAAUCCACCAUUAAAGGUGAGGAAAGAGAAACUAGGGGACAGGAUUGCAGCUCUUCACAGGUUGGUGGCACCUUUUGGCAAGACGGAUACAGCCUCUGUACUAACAGAAGCUAUUGGGUACAUCCAGUUCCUCCAUGACCAAGUCCAGACUCUAAGCAUGCCUUAUAUGAAGUCCUUGCAAAGCAAGACAUCAAGAAAAAUACAACAGGUAUAUGGAUUGAGCAAUGAAGAGGAAACAGAAUUGAAGAUGGAUCUUAGGAGUAGAGGGCUAUGCCUUGUGCCACAAUCUUGUGCCUCAUAUUUAAAUGGUUUUGAUUGA